AUGUGUGCCUUUGCAGGCUGGUUAAGAUCUAUUCGAUCCACCGACCCAGCAGCGAUCUCAGUGGCAGUGGCAGGUGGAAGUGGCUUUACAAAGCAAUUGAAAGCCAGCGGACGGUGUCCCUUGUGCUUAGGUAAUGUGGCGCAGGUGGACUACCUGCUCAACAAAUACAAGAAUCAGGAGGAGUUUUUGUAUACAAGUGUUUGUUCCAAGUAUUCCAUCUCGCCCAGCUGGGACGGUCAGCAGCCUUUGCCUUUGCCCGUGCGAACUCGGCCGCCGCCCAAUGCCAACUCGGUGGCCACGGCGAGAGCGACCAGCACGACCAACUCAAGGGCGACCACUUCCGCUUCACCGGUCAGACCUGUUCAGGCGCCUGAAGGCGACGUGCCUCCCUGGGCCGUUGGCAAGCGCAAGGCGCUUUCUGCGACGGCACCGCCGAAGGCCAAGGCCAAGGUGAAGGACCCCGAACAGGAAGCAUCGACGUCGCUCCAACCACCACUGGGCGCGCCGUUGUUGGGGCAUGAGGCCAAAGAGAUCAGUGAGGCCUUAGCUGCUCUGCAGACACUCACGGAGGAUCUCACGCAGGCAGUGCCGAAGACGCCGCCUGAGACGCCGAAGGCGGCCGCGUCAGCGGUGCCGAAGACGCCACCAGCGGUGCCGAAGACGCCACCAGCGGUGGUGCCGAAGACGCCACCAGCAGUGCCGAAGACGCCUCCCGAAGUGCCAAGGGAGGAGCCAAAGGCAGCUGCGGCGCCGAAGGGCGCGGCCGAGCCGCAGGGCCCGGCAGCGGAGACGGUGGCUGAGUCUGAGGACCCACCGAAACCUGCUGGACCGGCGGAAGCUUCGGCCGCCACCGCGCCCGCCGCUCCGGCACGGCGGCCGCCCACGCCACCGCGGCCCAGACGGCGCAUGGCGGAAGAGGUCACGGCCACGGACCCCCGCCGCCGAAUAUUGGAAGAAGAUGAUGAUGAAGAAGUGGUAGUGGUCAGUGUGGACGGUCGAGAUCCAGGCCACGAGAUGGAGGAGGAUGAGAAGCUAGGAGAGCAGAUGAGAAAAGCCCUCGGUGCUUCCUUGACCAAGGCCUUCGCAAAGGGCAGGGCUGACAUUGAGGAGUCUGAUGCGCCGCAGAUGGCCCUUCCUGUGGAGCCCGUGGUGGAUCCACCGGACGCGGUGGAUCCACCGGACGCGGUUCCGGGUGGCCAGGACGACGCCCGCCGCGCUGCCGCAGCAGCUGCGGAAGUCGCCAAGCACAACAAGGCUGAGGAUGCCUGGAUUAUUGUGGAUGGUGAUGUCUACGAUGUGACCAAAUUUGCGGGUGUUCAUCCCGGUGGCACACAGAUCCUUUUGGAGUAUGCUGGAAAGGAUGCCACGGAGGAUUUCUACGCGUUGCACCGCCUGGAAGUCUUGGACAAGUACCAGCGCCUGAAGAAGGGGCGCUUGGCAGAUGCCAAAGGUCCUCCACCCAAGAAGGCCUCAGAGGUCUUGCAGGAGUUCAGCAAAGUGCCCUUUGCGGAGCCAACGUACCUCCAGGGCUUCAAGUCUCCCUACUUCGACUCAAGCCACAUCAAGCUCAGGCAGGAGGCGCGCAAGUUCUUUUGCGGUGAGACCCUGGAAGAGGCCUUGGAGUGCGAACAGAAGUCCACCGCACCAAGCAAAGAGAUGCGAAAGCGCAUGGGCGAACUGGGUUUGAUUGCCAUGGUCCAGGGCCCAGGACCUCACUUGAAGAUCCCUCCCUCCCUUUGCGGCGGUGUGGUGAAGCCAGAGGAGUUCACCUAUUUCCAUGAGAUGGUCGUCCAAGAGGAGCGCUGCCGCACCAUGUGCCCGGGCUACGAGGAUGGUCUCGACGGCGCGGUGUCCAUUGGUUUGCCCGUGCUCCUGACGCUUGGAGCGGACGCGGCCGCGGAGCGGACGCGGCGAAAGAGAGAACAAGGAAGGGACUGGUUUAGAGUUUAG